AAAAUUAUAAUACUAUAAAAUCGUUUUAAAAAGUAAAAAAUCGCUAUUUUAUAAUUAACUUUUUUUUUUCUGAUAAUAAUUUUGUUUUAGUAUUUUAUUAGAAAUAUUCUGUCUGUUGCUUUUGCUAUAAUACGCAAGUGCCUGAGCUUCUUUCUUCUUUGGCCUCUAUACCCACAACAAGCUUCCUAAAUUUAGAGAAGAGAGAAAGCUUUCUAGUGCUUCCAUAAGACAGUCCUCUUUCUCUUAACUUGGAAAGUCUCAAAGGCAUAACAUUUCCACCUAAAGGUGUAAACCCAAUCAUUUCUUGUCUCUUUUUUUGUCUUAAAAAAUUAUCCAUCAGAGUUUUUGUGUUCUACAUUUUCUUUUUUAGAAAUUUUAGUGUUAAUGGUGAUUUGAGCUACGGUGACUUGGAGGGGAUUGUGUUUUGGCCAACUAUAUAAUGGAUCGUAAUUCGAAGAGGAAGAAGGAAUCGCUGGAGUUGCCAAUCGAGUCAACUCGGUCAUCUCCAUUUCCUGACGAGGUACUAGAACGCGUUCUGGGACUACUGAAAUCUACUAAAGACCGGAGCUCGGUUUCUCUGGUAUGCAAGGACUGGUACAACGCUGAGAGCUGGUCGCGAACUCAUGUUUUUAUUGGUAAUUGCUACUCAGUUUCUCCCGAGAUCGUUGCUCGUCGGUUUCCGAAAAUCCGCAGUGUUACCCUUAAAGGGAAACCGAGAUUCUCGGACUUCAAUUUGGUCCCUCGGAAUUGGGGUGCUGAUAUUCAGUCUUGGCUGCUUGUUUUCGCCUCCAAAUAUCCAUUUCUGGAGGAGCUUAGGCUUAAAAGAAUGUCUAUUACUGACGAGAGCUUAGAGUUUUUGGCCUUCAACUUUCCCAACUUUAAAGCUCUCUCGCUUUUAAGCUGUGAUGGGUUCAGUACCGAUGGGCUUGCAGCCAUUGCCACUCAUUGCAAGAAUUUGACUGAGCUUGACAUACAGGAGAAUGGUAUUGAUGACAAGAGUGGCAGUUGGCUGAGCUGCUUUCCUGAAAACUUCUCAUCAUUGGAAAUAUUAAACUUUGCCAACCUAAAUAGUGAAGUCAAUUUUGAUGCCCUUGAGAGACUUGUGACUAGGUGCAAAUCAUUAAAAGUCCUGAAGGUCAACAAAAAUAUUUCCUUGGACCAACUACAGAGGCUGCUCGUCGGUGCCCCACAGUUAACAGAGCUUGGUACUGGCUCUUUCUCACAAGAGCUGUCUACCCAGCAGUACACUGAUCUCGAAAAUGCAUUCAGUCAUUGUAAGAACCUAGAUACCCUUUCUGGUUUAUGGGAAGCGAUGGCACUAUAUUUACCAGUUCUCUACCCUGCUUGUACAAACUUGACCUUCCUAAAUUUGAGCUAUGCUGCUUUGCAAAGUCUUGAACUUGAUAAUCUUCUUCGUCACUGCCCACAACUUCGCCGACUAUGGGUCCUGGACACUGUGGAGGACAAAGGGCUGGAGGCUGUUGGAUCACACUGCCCUUUGCUGGAGGAACUCCGUGUAUUCCCUGCGGAUCCCUUCGAUGAGGAAAUUAUACAUGGGGUGACCGAAGCAGGGUUUGUUGCUGUGUCUUAUGGUUGUCGGAGACUUCACUAUGUUCUCUACUUUUGCCGGCAGAUGACGAAUGCUGCAGUAGCUACAAUUGUGCAAAACUGUCCAAACUUCACUCACUUCCGUCUCUGCAUAAUGAAUCCUGGUCAACCAGAUUACACGACAAAUGAACCCAUGGAUGAGGCUUUUGGUGCAGUUGUGAAGACUUGCAAUAAACUUCAGAGACUUUCAGUUUCAGGUCUCUUGACAGACCUGACAUUCGAGUAUAUUGGGAGGUAUGCAAAAAAUUUGGAAACUCUUUCCGUAGCUUUUGCUGGCAGCAGCGACUGGGGGAUGCAGUGUGUACUAGGAGGUUGUCCAAAGUUGAGAAAACUUGAGAUAAGGGAUUGCCCAUUUGGAAAUGCAGCUCUUCUCUCAGGUUUAGAGAAGUAUGAAUCUAUGAGGUCACUUUGGAUGUCAUCCUGCAAAGUGACAAUGAAUGGCUGUCGGCUAUUGGCAAGGGAAAUGCCUAGAUUGAAUGUGGAGGUAAUGAAGGAAGAAUGGAGCGAUGACAGUCAGGCUGAUAAAGUUUACGUUUACCGUUCUGUUGCCGGACCAAGAAGAGAUGCCCCUCCUUCUGUCCUCACUCUUUCAGGUUUAUAACUUAGGUUCUGCAGAGAAAGCUUCAUUGGAUAUGCAAUUCAUAUUUGUGAUGUGAGUGGGAAGAAGAUAAAAUGGGUCAAAGAAACAUGAAUCCAUAUUUCUACUGCUGUUUAUUUUCUCCAAGCAGUGAACAGUGGAAUAUGGAAGUGAAAAAGAUACAAUAAAAACAAAGCCUAUUCAUCAAUCCAGAGCUGGAAACACGUUUGCUUCGUCCACUUGAUUUACAGCACACCUGAAUAGCAUAAUUGCAAUACUGCCAAUGUUGAAGUAGAUGAAGCAGCCAUGGUAAUGGGUCACAAAGGAACCAAAUUCUGUCCCUACUAUGCAUUGCCAUCCUGGUCCACGGAGCAUGUCAAAAUCCUGCAACAAUGAUUUUCAAGGCAUAACAAAAGGAUGUCAUUUUGCGUUCCUUAACAAUUCAAUAUUGAGCUAAAAUCAAAUUGAUUCAGGAGUUCACCUUUUUAAUAAAGCGGGCAAUAUCAGUGGACUCCGUGACAUCAAAAAUAUCAAGGGCCUUUGCAGCUAAGUGAAGUGCAUCCUGCUGCAUGGUUUGAAGCAUGUCAGUCUCACCAACAACAGCUUUACCUUCUAACAUGGCUCUGUUCUCGAGUGUGGUGGAAGAGAUCAAAAGAGAGAAAGCAGUGAGUACUCAAGGCAAGGUUUGUGGUGAGACUAUUAUAGCCCUGAAUGAAGGAAAGGGUGCAAAUUGAUUGAAGCCAGGUAUAAGGUAUCAGCUUAUAGGCCCAUGGGAUAAAUACAUUUGGAUGCACCCAAUGGCAUAUGCAAGUGCAGUAGACAAAGGACCAUUUUUUAAUCAACGGCUUGUGGGAUAGUCAGUGGCAAAAGAGGCUAAUUGUUUUGCUGGUCCAAAUUAUCUUGGAGAUGUGGGAUGUAUGUGGCUGAAUGGCUACUAUUUGCCAAUAAUUUCCCUGUGAAUGUUCAAAGGUCGAUGACUGAUUGUCUUUUUGCUUCUGAUUCAGUAUCGUUUUCUUUUAUUUUUAUUUGAUUCCGAAGACCUUUGAAUAUGUUUUGUUCUUAGGUCUAUUCAUUUGUAUUGAUUCACAAUUACUCUCUUCCUAAGAAUUUGGAGACUUGGAAGUUAACAGGAAUGGAUACUUUUGAAGCUCUUUCUUAUAGUUUA